AUGAUCAUUAAUCUCUUCGUGGCUGUCAUCAUGGACAACUUUGAUUACCUCACUCGCGAUUGGUCAAUCCUGGGUCCACAUCAUUUGGAUGAAUUCGUUCGGCUUUGGUCCGAAUACGAUCCAGAGGCAAAAGGAAGAAUAAAACACUUGGACGUGGUGACGCUUCUUCGCAAAAUAUCACCACCUUUGGGGUUUGGAAAACUGUGUCCGCAUCGAACAGCUUGCGUGACCCUUGUAAGAAUGAACAUGCCGCUGAACAGUGACGGAACUGUUAUGUUCAAUGCAACUCUCUUUGCUCUGGUACGAACCAACUUGAAGAUCAAAACCGAAGGUAUGAUUAGCCCCCCUCCUCAACGCAACUUUUAA